UUCGUGCCGCACUGUCGUCGUGUCUGUAAGCGCUUCCGCUGUUCCACGCGCCGCCUCAGCAAACACCGUUAGCCGAGAAAUUUUCGGUGCGCGAAAAAAAUAACAUCGUUUCGGAAAGCUAAAGUUCAAAGCAAAUAUAAAAAGUUCAAGCCGAGGUUUAAAAGCCAGCUCAUCAACGCAUUUCUCGAGCAGCAGCGAGCAAGUGUUAAUUGAAAAAUAAUCUUGAAGAGCGUUUUGUAAAAUGGCAACAGCUUGCCUGCCGGAAUUCACGGAACGUUUUCAAUCCACACACUUGAAUCCGGCCGCAAAUGAAAGUGAUAAUGAUGAUGAAGUGCAACCAACUUCAACGCCCAAAACCAGUGCGUUCUUCUUCAGCGCCAGCACCAACUAUCACAGCAAAAUACAGCAGCUAAUCAGUUUUAGCUUCACCUCCUCGUUCCACCUGCUAUUUAUUACCUGCAUUCUGAGCAUUAGCAAGUUCUGCAAUGCAGCGGCCAUAAACGCGGCUCAGGUGUCAGCCGCAGCGCCCAGUCCCAGCGAGAUAAUGCAAAAUCUGAGCGGAUCGGCGCUGCUGGAGCGCCUGAAGGCCAGCACUUUGGGGCCACCCCUGGAUAGACUGAAACACUUGGCCCCAGCGGCGGCCAACAGCCUGAGUCCUGGCAUUGGAUCCGGAAUGGGAAUUGGAAUGGGACACUUUGGCAACUCCAUAAACUCGGUGCUCAAUGGCAAUCCCUUCAAGUUCCUCAACGUUUCCGGGAAAAUCGGCACCCCAUUGGAUAUAUCGGCCAGCCUGUCCAACUUGUGCGAGGAGAAGCAGUUCCAGUGCUCCUCCGGCGAAUGUAUCCCCAUACGGUUCGUGUGCGAUGGCGACUCGGAUUGCCGGGACCACAGCGAUGAGCGACUGGAGCAGUGCAAGUUCAUAGAAUCAACUUGCACCACGGAGCAAUUCCGCUGUGGCAACGGAAAGUGCAUUCCACAGAGAUGGGUCUGCGAUCGGGAGUCGGACUGUGCCGAUGGAAGCGACGAGAUGCCAUCCCGCUGCCGCAGCCAGACAUGUUCACCCGAGCAAUUCGCCUGCAAAUCGGGCGAGGGUGAGUGCAUUCCCCUGGCCUGGAUGUGCGAUCAGAACAAAGAUUGCCGCGAUGGAAGCGAUGAGGCCCAGUGCAAUAGAACGUGUCGCUCAGACGAGUUCACCUGUGGCAAUGGACGGUGCAUCCAGAACCGCUUCAGGUGUGACGAGGACGAUGACUGCGGCGAUGAAUCGGAUGAGAAGGGCUGCGAAAGUAGGCGUCAGUGUUCCGAGGAUUCUUUCACCUGUGCCAGCGGCUAUUGCAUCCCGAAGCAGUGGCAGUGUGAUGGAGAUAGGGACUGUAUGGAUGGAAGCGAUGAGAUGGAAAACUGCACUCGUGCAUCGCUAAACUUAUGCCAGGCCAACGAAUUCCAGUGCCGAGAUCACAUCACCUGCCUGCACAGGACCUGGGUGUGCGAUGGCGAGGCCGACUGUCCUGAUGGCGAGGACGAGUCUCAGGAGCACUGUGCGAGCGUGACCUGCCGGCCAGAUCAGUUCCAGUGCGACGAUCGCAGCUGCAUUGCCGGGCAUUUGACCUGCAACGGGGACCGUGACUGCCCCGAUGGCAGCGAUGAGAAGAAGUGCAACCUCAGUGCCCCGCCAAGGACAUGCAAUGCCACCAGCGAGUUCGAUUGCGGUGGCGGUCAGUGCAUUCCCAAUUCCAAGGUCUGUGACCGCCGGAAGGAUUGUCCCAACGGUGAGGAUGAGCCCGCCGGCAAGUGUGGCAUCAAUGAGUGUGCCACGAAAAACGGCGGAUGCAUGCAUCAGUGCAUAAACCUGGCGGUGGGUUAUCGAUGCGAAUGCCAGGAAGGCUAUAAGCUGGCAGCGGAUAAGCGCAGCUGUGUGGACAUCGAUGAGUGCGAGACACAUGGCAUCUGCUCACAGGUGUGCGUCAAUGAGAUCGGAGCCUUCAAGUGCGAGUGCGAGACGGGGUACAUGCGAGUCCUGAAGAACCAUACCCGCUGCAAGGCCAGCGAGGGUCAUGCCUCUCUGCUGUUGGCCCGACGUCAUGACAUCCGGAAAAUAGCCCUCGAACGCCCUGAAAUGACUUCCAUUGUGAAUAGUACAAAGGCAGCCACAGCUUUGGAUUUCGUUUUCCGCACUGGGAUGAUCUUCUGGAGUGACAUUGCCACACAGAGCAUCUACAAGGCACCUAUAGACGAGGGUAGCGAAAAGACUGUGGUACUGAAGCAAUCUUCAGUUACCUCGGAUGGUCUGGCAGUGGAUUGGAUCUAUAACCAUGUCUACUAUACAGACACCCACAAGUGCACCAUCGAACUGACCAAUUUCGAGGGCAACAUGGGCAAGGUCCUUAUUAAGGAUGCCCUGGACAUUCCACGUUCCAUUGCCCUGGAUCCCAUUGACGGCUGGAUGUACUGGUCCGAUUGGGGUGCCUCGCCGCGUAUUGAGAGGGCGGGCAUGGAUGGCUCCCACCGUACUGCCAUUAUUAGUUAUGAUGUGAAAUGGCCCAAUGGCAUCACCUUGGAUCUGGUAAAGAAGCGCCUGUACUGGGUGGAUGGCAAGCUGAACACCAUCUCGUCGUCUAACUACGAUGGCUCUGAGCGUCGCCAGGUGCUGUACUCCGGCGAAUACCUGCGACAUCCCUUCUCCAUUACCACCUUCGAGGAUUACGUCUACUGGACCGACUGGGACAAGCAGGCGGUCUUCAAGGCGAACAAGUUCACGGGACAGGAUAUAGAGGCUGUCACAGCGGGCCAUAUGCUUGAACAUCCCAUGGUGGUGCACGUUUACCAUCCGUACCGUCAGCCCGAUGGCGUUAACCACUGUCAGUCGGUCAAUGGUCAUUGCUCCCAUCUCUGCCUGCCGGCGCCCAGGAUUAACGAGCGGAGUCCGCGCAUAUCCUGUGCCUGUCCCACGGGCCUGAAGCUGAUGCCCGACGGCCUCAUGUGUGUCGAGGAUCUGCGAGUCCCGAGUGCGAAGUAUAACAGCACAGCGGUGCCCAGGACGACAGACAGGUCGUUCACCUCAACCACCACAAGUCUACCUCAAGAUGCGCACAGUGAAGCGCCGGUUGAAGGAAAAGCUGGUAGCAAUGGCACCCACACAACCAAUAAAACCGAUGGCUCUACCCAGAACCCAGAGGAGGACUAUGGCGUAAUAGCCAUGAUUGUGAUAGCAUCUCUAUCGUUAGCCGCUCUAGUGGGUUGUAUACUCGUGUUGACGUACAGACGGUGCACGCGGGCGGUCAAUUCGAUGAACUUUGAGAAUCCGGUCUAUCACAAGACCACGGAGGAUCACUUCAGUCUGCAGAAGAACGGGACGCCGCAGAUGUAUGCCACGGCCAUGGAGGAGGAGCAUAAUAAACCCCUCGUUGAGCCGGGCACCGAGUGUGUUUAAGGUCCUGCCAAAGAACCUCCCAAAUGCAUAUCCAAUACACACUUUUGCCGGGUUGACACUGAAGAACAACUACUGAGCAUCUCCUAUUAGUAAUUCCUUUAGACCAAGGCACCAAAAACUAAGAAAAAAAACAACAAGAAAAACUCAACUAAAAAUGAAAGUCUAAGCAACAAAUACUUUCAUUUAGCAGUAAGAAAUGAAGAAUGCCAAAAACAAAAUAGAAAAGACAUGAACGAAAACAGCAUAGGGGAAAAGUGAAGAAAAUACUCAACAAAUUCAAUUUGUUGCCUAGUUUAAAAUUUAAUUUAAAUGUAACAAUACUAAACACACACACACAUUAUAUAUGAACACUUACACGAAUACGCAUACACACACACAGUCACUUGUCCAUAAACUAAUAACAACGCAAAACUUUUCUAGGCGCAGCGUUUUAACAUCAACUAGCGUCGCACACCAGUCACAUACCUCGCCCAUACUCACGCCCACACCACCCACAGACACACACACACUCGCACACGCACACACACACACACACUGAAGCCCAGAAGAACUCAGAGAAGGAACAAAGGAGUCAGGACAUAGAGGACACAAGGAGUGCAACUUUCCUUUCACGUCCAUGAAAUCAAUUGUAAAAAGUUAAGACAUUUCGUUGAAGUUUUGGUACCGAAAGAAACAUUUUGUGAAAUCAAAAGAAAAAUGGAAUGGAUAAGAGAUAUUAGCUAAACGGAAACUGUUUAUAAGCCUAACUAUUAACUACUAUUGUGACUAGUAAUAAAGCCCGGUUUGUUAUGGAACAAAUAAUACAGACAGUUAUCAAAUUGAACGGAAUGAUUAAAGUAACAUUUUUAGCACCAA